AUGACGUGGUUCGGUGUUACAUGACUUGUCUUCGCUCGCUCAUUCUCUCCCCGACGAAGAAACAAAUCUUAGCUUAGCACCGCCGCGAGACCGAAUUCGAUAUUCCGGUUAUCUCCCACCGCCCGUGUGGCUGGCUAUCGAUUCCAAUUCUUGUCGGAUCUAGUGUCUCCCUUUCUUCGUCCAGAUCUUGUACUAUUAAAUCUGCGAUGGCGGCGAUCGAUGAGUUGUCUCAGCUUUCGGAUUCGAUGAGACAAGCGGCGGCGCUGCUCGCUGACGAAGAUCCCGACGAGAGCUCUUCUUCUAGGCGCCCGGCUACUUCUCUCAACGUGGUUGCCCUAGGGAAUGUGGGAGCUGGGAAGUCUGCAGUUUUGAAUAGCCUCAUUGGACAUCCAGUUCUGCCGACAGGUGAGAAUGGUGCUACACGGGCUCCUAUAAUCAUUGACCUGAGCAGGGAGGAAUCACUGAGCAGCAAGGCUAUUAUCUUGCAAAUUGACAAUAAAUCUCAACAAGUUUCUGCAAGUGCCCUAAGACAUUCUCUACAGGAUAGGCUUAGCAAAGGAGCCACAGGGAGGGGUCGUGAUGAAAUAUACCUUAAACUUCGUACAAGCACUGCUCCGCCAUUGAAACUGAUUGAUUUGCCUGGUCUGGACCAGAGAAUUGUUGAUGAUUCAAUGAUUGGUGAACAUGCACAGCACAAUGAUGCCAUACUGUUGGUUGUUGUGCCUGCUAGCCAGGCGUCUGAGAUUUCUUCCUCUCGAGCCCUGAAGAUAGCGAAGGAGUAUGAUUCAGACAGUACUAGGACCGUAGGAAUUAUCAGCAAAAUUGAUCAGGCAGCAGAGAACCCAAAAGCGCUUGCAGCAGUUCAGGCUCUUCUUUCAAACCAGGGGCCUCCAAAAACAACUGAUAUUCCAUGGGUUGCACUUAUUGGUCAAUCUGUAGCAAUUGCAUCAGCGCAGUCUGGAGGCAGUGAGAACUCUUUAGAAACUGCUUGGCGUGCGGAGAGUGAAAGCCUCAAAUCCAUUUUGACGGGUGCUCCACAAAGCAAACUUGGCAGAAUUGCCCUGGUGGACACCCUUGCUAGUCAGAUUCGUAGCAGAAUGAAGCUCAGGCUACCAAAUAUCUUGUCUGGACUCCAGGGUAAGUCUCAAAUAGUGCAGGACGAAUUAUCAAGGCUUGGUGAACAACUGGUUAGCAGUGCUGAAGGUACAAAGGCUAUAGCUUUGGAGCUUUGCCGUGAGUUUGAGGACAAAUUUCUUCUCCACUUGACUGGUGGUGAAGGAAGUGGUUGGAAAGUUGUUGCAAGUUUUGAAGGAAAUUUCCCCAAUCGUAUCAAGCAGCUUCCAUUGGAUAGAUACUUUGACUUGAAUAAUGUUAAAAGGAUUGUACUAGAAGCAGAUGGUUAUCAACCUUAUCUUAUAUCUCCGGAGAAAGGGUUGAGAUCGUUGAUAAAGAUUGUUCUUGAGUUGGCUAAGGACCCAGCACGACUAUGCGUUGAUGAGGUUCACCGAGUGCUUGUUGAUAUAGUUUCGGCUUCCGCUAAUGCCACACCUGGUCUUGGGAGAUAUCCUCCUUUUAAGAGAGAGGUCGUAGCUAUAGCAAGUGCCGCACUUGAUGGAUUCAAGAAUGAAGCUAAGAAGAUGGUAGUUGCGCUAGUUGAUAUGGAGCGUGCGUUCGUACCACCUCAGCACUUCAUCCGCCUCGUACAAAGAAGAAUGGAAAGGCAGCGUCGUGAGGACGAGCUUAAAGGGCGUUCAUCUAGAAAGGGACAAGAUGCAGAGCAAUCUCUCUUAAACAGGGCAUCUAGUCCUCAGCCAGAGGGGUCAUCAACUGGUGGUAGCUUGAAAUCAUUGAAAGACAAAUUUCUUCCGCAAGAUAAAGAUAAAGACAAAGAUAAAGAAACGCCAGAGGUCUCUGGUCUAAAGACUGCUGGACCUGAGGGCGAGAUAACAGCAGGGUACCUGUUGAAGAAAAGUGCAAAGACAAAUGGCUGGAGUAGGCGAUGGUUUGUUCUGAAUGAAAAGACUGGAAAGCUUGGUUAUACGAAAAAGCAAGAAGAAAGGAACUUCCGUGGCACUGUAACUUUGGAGGAAUGCAGUAUUGAAGAAAUUUCUGAUGAUGAAGGAGAAAAAUCAAAGAGCUCGAAAGAUAAGAAAUCAAAUGGACCUGAUUCAAAAGGACCAGGCCUUGUCUUUAAGAUAACCUGCAGGGUCCCAUAUAAGACUGUACUUAAAGCUCACAAUGCGCUGGUUCUGAAGGCCGAGAGCAUGGUUGAUAAGAAUGAAUGGAUUAACAAGCUGCAAAAGGUUAUCCAAGCCCGAGGAGGCCAAGUAGGUGGCGCUUCCAUGAGGCAAAGUCUUUCAGAAGGUUCACUUGAUAAGAUGGUAAGGAAACCGGUUGACCCUGAAGAAGAAUUGCGGUGGAUGUCCCAAGAAGUACGAGGUUACGUUGAAGCAGUUUUAAACAGCCUUGCCGCGAAUGUUCCAAAGGCCGUUGUUCUUUGUCAAGUGGAGAAAUCAAAGGAAGACAUGCUGAAUCAGCUCUACAGUUCUAUCAGCGCGAUAGGUAAUGAGAGGAUUGAAUCGUUGAUUCAAGAGGACCAAAACGUCAAAAGAAAAAGAGACCGUUACGAGAAGCAGUCAUCUCUUCUUUCAAAGCUCACGAGACAGCUUAGCAUUCACGAUAACCGAGCAGCUGCUGCUUCAAGCUGGUCUGACAGCGGCACUGAAAGCAGCCCGAAAACCAAUGGAGGGUCUACGGGGGAGGAUUGGAUGAAUGCGUUUAACGCUGCUGCUAGUGGACAGGACUCAUUGAAGAGGUAUGGAUCUGGUGGUCAUAGCCGACGGUACAGUGAUCCAGCUCAGAAUGGUGAGGAUGAUUCUUCUGGAUCUGGUGGGAGCAACCGUCGUACCACACCAAACAGGCUCCCACCGGCACCUCCACAGUCUGGUGGAUCAUCUUACAGGUAUUAGUAUAACCUGUUUAAUUUUACAAAUUUGUUAUUGGAGAAACCAUAAACACAUUUUGUUUUCCUUUUUGGGAUUUGUCCCAUUUCUGGUCUAGUUUUUUACUUAUGUAUUAAUUGGUUUGUUUUCUUUGAAACAACGAUUAUGAUAUGAUGAUUAUGUACUUGCGUGUGUUUGUAAGAUAUUGUUAGAGAUGCACACGUAUCAUGAGUUUUGUCUCAUUUGGUCAAAACUUUUUGUUUU